GGGAAACUACAAAUCCCAGUGGCCUUUGGGCGCGCGGGGGCAGUGUACGUACAGAACCUCCGGGCGAGGGGUCUCCUCAGAGCUCUAGGCUGGAGCCGGGAUUAUCUCUGCUUCCUGCGGGCGGGUCUCCGGUGCCUGGCUUCUGAGUGUCUGUACUGUCUCCAGGAGAGCCCACUAGGGCCAACCAGGCUGGCUAUCACUGUGGAUCUCAAGCUUCAUCAUGCUGCUUCCUUCUCUUUGGCUGUCUUCCACAGAAAUUUAUCUGCUGACAGCUCCCCAGACCCCUGCGUGGCCAGCAGCUGAAGGACCUUCCUCUGCCUCCCUUUGAGUAUCAGAUUUGAGGGUCAAGCCAAGGGAAGCAGUGAAAAUGUCUAAUGAGCCACCCCCUCCUUAUCCUGGGGGCCCCACAGCCCCACUACUGGAGGAGAAAAGUGGAGCUCCGCCCACCCCAGGCCACACCUCCCCGGCUGUGAUGCAGCCCCCACCAGGCAUGCCACUGCCUCCUGCAGACAUUGGCCCCCCACCUUAUGAGCCACCAGGUCAUCCAAUGCCCCAGCCUGGCUUUGUCCCGCCCCAUGUGGGUGCAGAAGGCGCCUACAUGCCUCCAGGUUUUUACCCUCCUCCAGGACCUCACCCACCCAUGGGAUACUACCCCCCAGGACCCUACCCACCAGGGCCCUAUCCUGGCCCUGGGGGCCACACGGCCACAGUCUUGGUCCCUUCAGGGGCUGCCACCACGGUGACAGUACUGCAGGGAGAGAUCUUUGAAGGUGCACCUGUGCAGACUGUGUGUCCGCACUGCCAGCAAGCCAUCACUACCAAGAUCUCCUAUGAGAUUGGACUGAUGAACUUCGUGCUGGGUUUCUUCUGCUGCUUCAUGGGGUGUGAUCUGGGCUGCUGCUUGAUCCCCUGCCUCAUCAAUGACUUCAAGGAUGUGACACAUACAUGCCCCAGCUGCAAAGCCUACAUCUAUACAUACAAGCGUCUGUGCUGACGGAGCCAGACUUGGACUCACCUGCCUGUCAGUCUGGCCCCAUGCUUUGCUCCCUGCGUUCAGUGGUCAGUUCCCCCCUCACUUGGGGUAGGAAGCUGUGCCACCAUCCCCUAAAAGUCCUGUCCUCUUUGCCUUGCCCUAACCUGAGCAUCUGACUCUUCCAGCAAAAGUUCUGUUGGAUUUAAGGCCAAGGGCCCACCAUGGGUGGCGGAGGGUGGGGGGUAGGGGUGGCACUGAGCUUGUGUAUUCCUGGUUUGCUUGACAUCUGUGACCCAGAAGAUAAGCUGAGAAGGGUCUCCUAUUGGGGUUCCCAUUCCUCCUUUCUCUAUAGGUCCAGACUUGGUCCUCACUCUCCCUGGGACCAAAAGCUGCCAGAAUAGUAGUGGGUCCCAGGCUGGGCAUUACCAGUGUGGGCCGUACCUGGAGCUGCAGUCGUUUCUGAUCUGCUGGGCCAAGAGUAAGGCAUUGUUUGAAGUUGGCCUGGACCCCAGAUGGACAGAGUUAAGCCCUGGGUUUGUUAAGGUGUAUGCUGUGCCUCUGCAGUGCCAGAGACAGGGCAUGACAGAAGUAGUGACUGCCAACUCUGGCCCUCAGAACUCUCAGGUAUGGAAACCCGGGAAUUCCUAAUUCCCGGUCCAUGUGUAAGGUAGCCAAGAGGGACUCGCCUUCACGCAACUCCCUCUGAGUCAGUGUGUAGACCCCCCCCCGGAGACAUCUCUAAGAACCCCUGUAUUUUUCUGGGUCCAGAAGGAAUGCCCACAAACCUAUCCUGUCCUGUGUACCCUGUUCUCACUGUGUGUGGGUGCAGCCUCUUCCCACUUGCUGUUGUGUCCCAGCUGGGACAGAUGGCAUAUAUGAGGGAACUCCUUGUAGGGGUAGUGGGAUCUGCAGUGCCCUCUCCAUUAGUUCUCUUCUCAGUAAGUGCUGGCCCUUAGCCCCAACUGACUUGCCGUCACUGUGCCCUGCAUUGGGGCACUCCAGCAGGAACAGCUGUGGCAGUGGGCUGGGGAUGAAAAAGGAGCAGGCACAAGUGCUAAGAGUACCCUAGUAGACAGCAGCCUUGCCCUGGGUGCAACCCAAAUCUGUCUUUACUUCCUGAAUAGUUUGUGAACUUGCCCACAUGGACACUGUGUCCUAUGGCUGACCCUCUCCUGGUCUCGCACUGCCACUGCAUGGCCUCCCAUCACUGUGAAUUGUGGCCUGGUCUCGGUUUGUAGUUUCUCAUUAAAUUGGCCCCUUCAUUCCCCCAUCCUGGGCCUCUGCUAUGUUGCCUGGCCUCCUUUUCUGAGGGAAAGAGGGUGGGUUAUAUGUAAAUCUACUGGAAGGUAGGGGGCUGAACCCAACUCUGGCAACAACAUUGGUACAUAAAGACUUAACUGUGCCAAACCAGAGCCGGGCGUGGUAGCACACACCUGUAAUCCCAGCACUCA